UGUAUGAAAUUGCCUGCUAUUUUCAUCAACCAGACAGGAGGUGGCGCUACUACUACAUGACCUUUAGAUGUUAGUUUUCGAAUCAAUAAUAUCGAUUUAACUCAUGAGCCAAGUUUCCUACCUCAGCCUUCAGCCUUUAGCCUUGGCUCCUUCAAAUAUUGACUUAAGAUAGAGCCAGCCUAAAAGUUUUCUAAGUCAUCUGUUAAAUUUCUCUUCUACCAAAAUCUCUACUUCCCACCCUCAAGAACGGACAGGACCUGCAAUGAGGAAGAUGGAGGGCUGGACUUUGAUUGUGUGCCUUUUAAGUACCACAUUAGCUAUGCCGUUGCCACAACAUCCUGGUUAUGUCAAUUUCAGUUACGAGGUGAUGACACCUUUGAAAUGGUACCAGAGCCUAAUUGGACACCAGUAUCCACGUUAUAGCUUUGAACCAAUGGGAGGAUGGAUGCACCAUGCUUCAGGACCAACGAUGCACCAAACUGCCUUUCAAAACAAUCCUUCAAUGCACCCAACUUUCCAUCAAAUGCAGCCACAGCAUCCAGUGCUGAACCCACACAUGCAGCAGCCUGGGCACAACUCAUUUGGGCCAAUGGCUGGUCCAAAUACAUUGAUGCCCCAGUUUCAACCAGCUCAUGGAGGACCAAUUCAGCAUCCAUUCUCACCACAUGCAGGAGAACACCCAAUUCACCCCCAGCAACAUGGGAACCCAAUCCACCCAAUGCACCCUCAGCAACCAGCAAAUCCAAAUCCACCAAUUUACCCAGUUCAACCAUUACCCCCACUGAUAUCAGAUACACCUCUUGAAACAUGGCCACCAGCUGACAAGACCAAGCAAGAAGAAGUGGACUAAAAGACCCAAGAAACCAGAAUAAUGCAAAGAAUAAUGUAGGUCUUGUCACUUGCUUUCAAGAACCCAUACUUUUACUGCAGUCAGUGAUAUAUGGUUCCAUUAACCCACAUUUUUAGUAACUGUUGUAACUAGAGGACAAACUAAUGUGAAGUAGCAAAUAAUAAAACAUGUUUUGAUCAAUA